AUGUCCUCUGUCUGGAUAUUAUCACCCAUUGAAGAUGUGCAUACCGAAGUUGCUCCAUUCCUUCAAGCUGAUCGAGACUAUGACCGAAUUGAGACAGCCAUGCCUGGUAUAAAAGACGACAUCGACGAACAGAAUCCACCAAAGUGGCCUUGCUCAGGGUCCCUGAUUGCUUUAUUCUUCAUCUUUCUUGCAAUUGAAAUGGGCAUUCGGAUGUUGCUCCCACCAUUGGGCCGUAUCAUAGAAUCAAUUGUCUGUCUACACUACUGGGAAGUGCAUAAUCCAGGCAGGAUAGGCCCCUCGGGACGGGUGCCAGAAAAGCUGUGUAAGAUCACCGAAGUGCAGACGGUGUUCGCCGUUGUUGAGGGGUACUGGUUCUUCUUCCAUUCAUUAUUGAGCGCCCUAUUUGCAAUUCCAUACAGCCUCCUAGCAGAUAAGCUCGGAUGUAAACGUGUCCUCCGUCUUACUGUGGCUGGCUUUCUACUCAAUGGUAUCAUGCUGACAACACCGUUGUACUAUUCUAACAUUUUUCCCGCUCCGGCGAUCUGGCUUGCACCUCUGAGCUGGGUUGUGGGUGGUGGCCCCGUGUUCCUGUUCGCCAUUCUUUGGAACAGGGUAGCGGAGGUGACGGAAGACGCUCAACGAGAAAUUGUAUUCUUGCGGCUGGGCGUCACAACAAUGGUCGCCGAUUUCAUCGCGAGUGCUAUCGGCUCAGGACUGAUGAAUCUGGACCCCUGGAUACCAUUCAUGAUGGGUCAUUGCUUUAAUCUCGUCGGACUGAUAGGUGUGCUUUUUCUGCGAGAAACUACACCCGUGUUUUCGCCCUCGGCUUGUCCGGAGCGACUAUGUAGUAUUGAAAAUGCAUUUGUUGAAGAGUGUACACCCAUACAUUACGAAGACCAAGUCGAUCGAACCUGCUGUGGCUCUUACGCCUGCAACACCGAUCAUAAUUUGCCGAGCCUCGCUAUUCGUGUUAAACUGCGGCGAGUUAUCACCACGUACCUCUCCCUAUUUACCAACUACCGAAUCUUGCUUCUUCUCCCUGCAUUUUUCAUCUGCAACGUUAUCGGGGGUAACGGCUUCUUAGUUCAAUAUAUAUCUGUUCGCUUCGCCUGGACCCUCGCCAGCGCCAGCCUUGUUGUUUCCCUCCAGCCUGCUCUCAAUAUCCCAGUCCUAUUCUUCAUUCUCCCCUACAUAUCAAAACGACUUCAUCGACGGGUAUCCCCGCAAAAGACAGAGAUAUACCUCUCACGAUUCAGCAUCGUCUGUCUUACUCUAUCGAUAUUUGGGGUUGGGAUCUCAUCAUCCCUAUUCAUUCUCCUUCCCAGUAUGAUACUCCAUGCAGCAGGGUCUGGCUUUUUGCUUUUAGCACGGUCAAUAAUUACACGAAUGGUCGAGACGGACAAAACUACAAAGCUAUACACGAUCCUGGAAGGGUUACAGGCUGUAGGCAAUGUCGUGGCUAUCUUUAUCCUAACGAAUGUGUUCAGAAUGGGAUUGGGCCUGGGAGGAGCGUGGAUUGGGCUGACAUGGUUGGUAACCGGGGUUCUCUUUGCGGUGAUGGGAUUAGGGGUGUGGAUGAUCUGA